UCAGCGGAUAAUCUGAUUGUUAUCCUACUAUAUAUAUAUAUAGGAUAUAUUGCUUGUUGAUAUAUCCGGGAAAAAAUGUAUACAUAUCGUGUCAGCGUAUAACUAAUUUAAAAUUGAGAAACUACCGACAGAGAUACCGUCGACGCGCGCUAAGAACAUCAACCGUCGUAAGCUUAUCGACCCUCGUCUGUACCGGUGCACGAUCAUCGUCGUACCCGCCCACGCAGCGCUCUUCAGCGUUCAGCAGUGGAUGACCGCGCGUGUGCGCUUUUCGCGGCGAACUUGACGCGCAUACGUCCGCAGCGUACGAGGUCCCGGAGAGCGGGAGAGAGGCACGGUGCAGUCAGUGUGCGCUCAGUCUGGCUCGAGCGUGGUGAUCUCGGAGAGACGAAAGCGCGAGGCUCGUCGCCUGCCCGCGAUGAUGGAGCUGCGCGAGGUGAAUCGCGCGUACGGCACUGCGGAGGAGACGACGGAGCUCCUGCCGCAGCGCGACAACGCCGAGUACGAGAGCUACUUCAUCAAGUACGCGAUGCAGAAGGAGAUGAUCAAUCGCAACCGAUGCUCCGCGAGCCGACGAUUGCUCAGCCAGGCCGCUCAUUUGGACUUCAAUUUUCCCAAUAGCAAUCACGUCAAGGAAUCACCAUGUGCCGGAAUCAGCAUGAUCCACACGUCGAGCGCGAACUGGCCGCCCUCCAGGAAGCGCGAAGAGGCGACAGCUUUAGAGAAUCUCAGAAAAAGGGUAGAACAGAGCAAAUUGUACAAGGCAGACCGGAUUGUUGAUUCGGUGGUGUCCACCACAUCCUCGCUAAACUACGAACAGACUCAGCAACAGCUGGACAAUCGGCCGAAACUCCUGAAGAAGAUACUCAGCAACCGACCGAUGAGUAUCACGCACGACAGGAGCGACUUGGAGACCGACUGGCGCGACAGCGAAUUUAUCACCGAGUGCCUUUGCUGGCACAACGUUUAUCGGCAACGGCACAAUGCACCCCCGUUGACCAUGUCACCUCAGUUGUGCGAGUACGCCCAAACAUGGGCGAAUCAUCUGGCGCACACGAACACGUUCUACUACAGGAACGACCGGAACGUGGGUCAUAAUCUUUAUUGUCGUCCCGGCGGUGCCGUACCCGGUGACGUCACGGGACAGGAAGUCGCGUCUUACUGGUACUCCGCAGUGAGGCAGUACGACUUCCUUAAGGAGCCGGAUGUCCUCCACGCGAACGUGAAUGCAGGUCACUUCACGCAACUGAUAUGGGCGAGCAGCCGCUACUUCGGGGUCGGCAAGGCGCGCAGCCGUAGCGGCAAGUUGAUCGUUGUGGCGAACUAUGAGCCGGUGGGCAACGUGUCCGGCCAGUUCCAGAACAAUGUGCUACCACCGUUGCCGGAAAACAUGAAUGUGAUGAUGUCGCCGCCGACCGUGCGGAUACCGCGGGGACAAUACGAGCUGCUGAGGUCAACGGCAGCGGCGCCGUUGCCGCCGCCAUUGCCACCCCCUUUGUCGGACACCGCCUCCACCGGCAGUGACACCAUGUCUGUCAGCUCCGGGCAAUAAUACGACAGCCGUGCAAAAUGCCUUCUCUGUGUCUGCGCGCGAUGGGCCGGACGCUGAGGACGACGGGACUUCCGGCGCGCGCUUGCCGGCCCGUCGUGAGCCGCGAGUUAAAGACUUCGAAUGCGAAACACGAUGACCGAUAUUUCUGUGAAAAGGGAACUCGCAGGAAAAGCGUCGCGGAAGUGGAAGUCGGAGGUCUCUCGGAUGGACGGUGAGCCGGACGAGAUAUUCCUUCGAGCGUUUCUGCGAGCGGAGUUCCCUGAAUAAUCUCGCGGGUAUUCUACUGACGCGCGCGUGGGUGUAUUCAAUUGAAACUGAUUCCGUGGGAAGUUCAAUCGACCGACCUCCGUACCGGCGGUUUUCGUUAAAAAUGUCCGCCCGCGGUUAACACACUUGAGUUUAUGCUAAAGUUCAACCAUCUUUCUUUGUCGAGUCCGUGAUACUAAAUGUAAUUCAUUGUGCUUUGUUAUAAUGUCCUUCGGUUGAGUACGCGAACACUGUUGGAAAUAUCGCGGUAUUAUCUUUAUCCCAUUGUUGCGGUCAACCGUACUCGGUGAUUUCUGCAGAAAUAUCGGUCACCAGGUUUUACUGCCCCCAACUACCGCUUGCAAAAGCAGUGAUAAUCAAAGGUACACCGAGCUUUGUCAACGAUUGGUAGCUGGUAGUACAUAAUAAUACGACUAGAUCUCGAGCAGUACAAUUCGCGAUGUGGUUAUCGACAGUGGCGUAACUGAUCGUUCGCUUCAGGACUCCGCACGCGGAUGAGACAUUCGUCACGCCGGAACGGCCGGGCGAAAUGUUUGGAAAAUAAAGAGAGACAAAAUUGAGUAAAAAUAUGGAAGUUGGGAAGAGAUGUUUCAAAGGACGCGAUUAUACAAUCAAAAUUCUCGCAUUUAGCGUUAUAAAAUAAUAAGGCUAGUUAAUAUCGUGGAGUAGCUUGCUGAAAUUCAUCACAUUCUUCGAUAAGGCUUCCAGCUAGAUUAUCGUAGCAGGGCUAUGGUAUUACAGAUGUUGCGCCACUGUCCGUAUAGGUAAUAGAAGUUCAAAUUUAGAAUCACCGUACUUAUUUCUGAUUUGGAGAUUUGGAGAACAAAAAAAUGAAAAAGAAAAAGAAAAAAAUUUAAUGUUAGGAACGAUAGGAGAACGGCAGCCGUAGAAUUCGUUUAUCAAAUUCCAAUGAGUUUAUUCGCUGAGAUCAUUUGUCGCACAUCGCGUGCAAAGUGAAAGCUGAGAUUGUUCAGAACACCAAAAGCUCUACGCGCCUAUUUUGUAUAUCGGCUUAGAGUCAACAUUCGUUUGACAUUUUGCGGCCCGCCGACGGCACGGCGUCGUCGCGUAUCCACACUUUCAAUAUACCGGAAAAAAGACAGCGUGACGACUCCGUGCGGGUCAUGGGCCGCAGAGUGUCGAGGGACUCGUAGUUGUAGCUAUGUAAGAUACAGCUGUAUGAUAUAAUUCGAGGAGCCUAAAGUGACAAAUCGCGCCUAGCAAGAAGGAUAUGAUACUUUGCACACACACCUUUCCGUCCUGUUAUACUGAAAUCAAUGGUUUGCGAAACGGGCGUUGAAUUUCUUAGCGUUUUAGCAUUAACGAACGUUCCUACCGAGUAAGAUGAGGACUAGUGUGUUCACCGGAGAUUAAUCUGAGAGAGAAUAAGAAUUCAAGGUUCCUCGAAAAAUAAGAAUCUCACGGGAUGUGCUCGCGUGCUUGCAAAAAUUCCUCGGUGUCGAGGGGAUUCUUGAUGCGGGAGGUUCGUGACGAAGUUCGAAAAGGAUCGAUGGAAACUGAGAAAUUAGGAAACCGUGGCAAAGACCUCUGCGGAGCCACCUGAUGCUCUGCGACUGAAGGAAAUGUUGAAACUCGAGCUAGAAUCCGCACGGGCGAAUAUAAAUCGAGAAAAAAAAAACAAUGAACAUUAAGCGAAAACUAUCGCGAGCGUGACUACAAUCAGAGCGUAUUAUCGCGAUCGACUCCAAGCUGCUCAGACGAACUCGCCGGGUGUCAUGUCGAAAGCGACAGUUGCAUUACACAAUGGACACUUCUCGCUUUCAACGUAGAACGAACACAAAUAAAUAUACUAUGUCCGACGUCUGCCAGAGAGACUGUUUGAUAAUUGUUACACACAUACGUACACGCAUAUAAAGAGAAACGACUAGCUCCCCCUUAUUUUUUCAAUUUAAUUGUCCACAACAUGCAUCACGUACAUGGCCGAGACGAGGGAAUUAAGAGAGGGACAACGUAGCGGUGAUCCGCGAGAAGUCUUUAGAUCGACUCGAUAUCAUCAGACACUUGUAGUUGCUUCGAAUGUUGUCGCAGCUGAUUUUAGCGCGCUAAAGUUAAUCAACGAGAGAUAUAUGAUGGUCGCGUAAGAGAGAGUCGUUUUUUCUUCGUGUACGGCGAGAUUAUUUAUAAAGUGAUGCCCGAUCAUUAUAGACGGUGAUCUCUCAGGUACGUAACUUAUUGCGAGAGGCGAUUCUACGUAGUAGAAGCAAAUUCACGGCGGUUUUGUGAUUCGAUCCUGUUGGCCCUCGACUUGUUUAAGGGGAUUUGAGAGAUAGAUUGUUAUUUAUAUAUAUAUAUAUAUAUAUAUA